CGCGCCCGCGUGCUCACUCGCUCAUUCAUCAUGUUGCGCCGUCUCGCGCGCGCGACGGUCGCCGCCGCGCGACGACGCGUCGACGUCGCGCGCGCGACGCGGACGUUCGCGUCCGGGAAAGCGCUCGAGGACGAGGUGAACGACGCGUUCGCCGAGGCGCGAGAGGAAAUCGAAGCCGCCAUGGAGAGCGUCGGGUCGACGUACUUUAACGAAGACGCCGAGCACGCGCGCGCGUGCGUGGAGAAGACGAUGGCGGCGUAUGAAAAAUUACUCGAGAGCGCGGCGAGCGAGGACGCGAGAGGACGCGUGCGACGGAGCAUGGGGCUGAAGAUGGAACAGUUGCGGGGCGAGCUGAAGAUGAUGGAUUCGGCGCACGACGACCACUAGCGCGCGAUGGGAUGUAUGACGGCCGCGCGGAGUCGCGAUGGUCGGUGCGCGAGAAUCACGCGCGACGUGUCGAGGCAUCGCGAGAGCGAUGAUGCUGGGCGUUGAUGCGCGCGCUUGUUGAGGCGUUGUUAACGACGUCGCGAGCGCUCGCGCUCGCGGAGGCUAAAAUUAGACGAAGGGAUGCGGGGCGCGCACACCUCGGCGCGUGGGGUCAUGGAAGCGAAUCCAGCGGGUAGUAAACGCGCGGGGACAGGUGGGAUGGCGAUGCGGCGGCGCGCGGCGUUCGGUCUCGACGCCGGUGCGCGAGGGCGAACGCACUUCAUCGACGACGGGUCGGUGGCGUACGUCGCGGGGAAGUUGGUGGUGGUGUAUGAUUUUGCCACCGGAACGCAACGAUUCUUACCGAUCGCGAAGGAUGUGCGCGAGGUGAGCGCUAUGUGUGCGCACGCAUCGUCGUCGAUGAUCGCGGUCGCGGUGCUCGACGACGGCGGCGAGUGUUCCAUCGCGAUGUACGAUUCGCAGACGUUUAAGAAAAAAAGGACGCUGACGCGUGCGAUGGACUCCAAGCCUCACGUGGGAGUAAACGCCAGCGGUGGCGUCGGCGACCGUGUGUCUUUAGAUGGUUUGACUUUUUCGGAAGACGGGCGCUCGAUACUGGGAUACAGCACGACUUCGCACGCUCUCGUUUGUUGGAACGUCGUCGACGGCUCGGCGGUGGAACUUCCCUCGCCUCGGCGUGUUGUUAGCACGGUCGCAGGUGAACAUUCUUCUGCGCAACGUGUCUCCGAUCCCACUUUACAAAUAAAGCACGCGUCGUUUUCCCCGCACGAACCGGGGGUCAUCAGCGCCGUGUGCGCCGGGGGUGUGUUUAGGAUGUACAGAGCAAAUGAAACGACAGUGAAACCUCUGAUGGUGAAGGCAUUGAACACUUUGGUGAAAGACGAAGGUCGUGAUGCAACGACGCACCUAUGGUUGAAGGGCGACGACAAGCACGUCGCCAUCGGUACGAGCACUGGACAGGUUAUCGUCUUGGAGGGCGACGAAAUCGUUUAUGAGUUGAACGUGCAUCGAGGCGGCGGCGAAACGAGCAACGCGCUCCCAGCGUCGGAUCUCGACGCACGCACGCGCGUAAACUGCGUCGAGUCGUAUAAAAACGGUUUUAUAACCGCAGGAUCUUCAGGGGAUGUCGUGAUCGUCGAUCGAGUACCGAAAAAACAGGUCAAGAAUGGACGCGCGUACAAAUGCGUCAAGACUCUCGCCGCGCGCGCGAGCGCAGAUGAAGAUUUGUACGACACCUCGACCAGCGGAGUGCCGUCGAUCAUGGAUGGAGAUCAAGUUAAAGGCUAUGAACCGGCUUUGCUCGAGCCUCAGGUAGCGCGCUCGGUCGUCGCGAUGAGCAUCUCUCCUUCUAGUGACAACGUAAUCUGUACUCUGGACAACAAGCACGUGCUCGCGCUGUCGUUGACGAAUGCGGAUAUUAUGCAAGCGAACGAAAUGCGGUUCAAACGCGUGCUGCCGGACGCACACCUCAACGGUGUCUCGUCGUUGGACAUUUGUCGUCGACGCCGCAUCAUGGUCAGCGUCAGUGCGACGGAUAAAUCGAUGCGUUUAUGGAACUUGACGUCGAACGAGUGCGAGGUGUUGAAAGAAUUUCUCGACAACCCGCUUUGCGUGUCUAUUCAUCCGAGUGGUUGGAUCGCGUGCGUCGGUUUUAGCGACAAGUUGCGCCUUAUGCAUAUUCUCAACGGCGAUUUCCGCGUCGUGAGAGAGUUUGCGCUCAAGGCGUGUCGCGUUGUUGAGUUUUCCAAGGGAGGACAUCUCGUGGCAUCCGCCGUCGGCGCGACUAUUUACGUGUACCACGUCUUCACGUUUGAAUCCAUCGCGGUGCUGCGAGGUCAUUGUGGAAAAGUAAAAUCGGUUGUGUGGGAUAAUAACGACGCGACACUGAUAUCGUCUGGCGCUGAUGGCGCAAUUUACGAGUGGGACGUGCGCGCCGCGAGCAAGGAUGAUGAAAAAGCGCGCCGACGCGAACAUGUUCACAAAGGCAGCGCGUACACCUCCAUCACCGUCGUUCGACAAACAGGCGGAAUCAUCGCGUGCUCCAGCGACGCAAAAUUGAAAGAGCUCGACGAUGAAUUGAAAGUCGUGCGCGAGUUCUCGUCUGGUGGCGUCGCAUUGACGCACGUUGCGUACAGCGCCUCUUUGCAUCGAUUGUUCGCAUCCACGGCGAAUGGCGGCGUUCGCGUGUACAAGAUUCCACUCACGGGUGAGUACGUCGAAUUCACAGGACACGGCAAACCCAUCACAUCGUUGAAGUUGAGUUAUGAUGAGACCACGCUGCACAGCGCUGGCGACGAUGGGUGCUUGUUCACGUACGAUGUGAAACCUGACGCGGCAGAACGAAGCGCUGGCGAAAUCGCGCCGCGAAUGGCGUCAAAAGACGAUGUCUUGUCGUCGGACGAAGUUCUCAUUGCGCGAUGUGACUUAGAUGAACUCAAUCAACGUAUAGUGGAGCUUCAAAACCAGGUGAAAGAAAUUUCGUUACAGUCGCAAUACCAACUUCGGUUAAAGACAGCCGAGAUGAACGAAAAGGUGAAGUCGACCGAGGACGAGGCGACACGAUUACUUGAGUACGAGAAGCAACGCGUGUCAGCGCUCGAGCGCGAGCGUGAUGCAAUUGUGCGAGACACGAAACGUGAACUUGAGCGUACGAUAGACGAUCACGAGAAAAGACUCACGGAGGCGGAAGAUGAUUACACGAGCAAAAUGUUCACGGAAGUGCGGCGAUUCGACGAUCUCAAGAUGCAAAGCGACGCCGCGAAGGCUGAGUGGGAACAGCUGGAAACGAAGCUUGUCGAUGAACACGAAAAGGAGAUAGAAAUCAUGAAAGGAGUGUUUAACGCGAGGAUAGCAACCUUAAAGUCAGACAUCGACGGUCUCCAGAAGGAUCGCGAAUUGAUGCUCGAGGAUUUCGAGCGCGCGAGAAGCGUUAUGGACACCGAAGUCGACGCCGAAAUUGAAGAGUUGAAGGCGACCUACGAGGCGCGUGUAAGGCGUGAACACGAUAGUUGCUUGGUUCUGCGUGGAGAAAACGGCGUCACAAAGACCAAGUAUGCCGUUGUGAAGCAGAAUGAAGACGCACGAUUGCAAGAAAUCGAAACCUUGCGCGCGGAAAAGGCGACGAUGGCGGAGACGAUUGCGGCGCUCGAAGCAGAGGCGGGAAGUUUACAUGACACCAUCGACAGUCACGAACGAGCCAUCGAGACGAAGAAUAAAAACCUCGUGCGUGCAAACGCGAAAUUUGCUCGUGCCGAGAAACAAGUAGCCGAACUCGCGAAAGUAGCCGAUGAUUUGCGCGAGCAGCAGCGUCCUUUGGAGGAGCGCGUGCGUGCUCGCGAAUCGGACUUUGAAGCCAUGAAUGAGGAACUGUUGAGGUAUUACAACUCAAAUUCCGCGCUCGUCAGGCAAGUUCGCGAUGUCAAGUCGCAACGUGAAGCUCUUCAGCGCGACGUUCUGCGGACGCGCAAACAAAGCGCUGACUCGGCCGCCGUCGUAAAGAGGUUCCAGCGCGAUUUGCACGAGUGCGCGAACAACAUUCAAGACGCGAAACUCCUCAAAGAAAGCGUGAAGGCGAUGUACCACAAGUACAUCAAUACCGAUGAAGCCUUCGAAGCAUGGAGAGACGAAGCCUGCGAGAUGGAAGCGAAGCGCCAGCGAGAUCAUUUAGAGAAGACCAUAGCGGCGCUACGCCGUCAAGUCAAGGCGGAGGCGGACUCGCGCCGAGUCGAAUUUCAUCGCGUCAUGCGAGAAAAUCAAAAUCUUAUGCGCGAAGUUGACGCGUGUCGUGCCGAGAAGGCACAGUGAAAGUAAAUCAAUUCUUUGCGGCGUUGUUGUAUUUAAAUAAUUCAAUUUUGUGUCU